AACUAAUAUCGAUGAAUUUAUAACUCAAGGCGUCGUCACUAAGAAAGCAUUAAAAAGAUAUUUGACAGGUGUUAAUAUGGAUAAGCUCAAGAGGUGUGGAACGAUGGAUAGGCUCGAAACAUUUGUAAAAGAAGUGUUCAAGAUAUGUCACAAUAACUACGAUAUUCAAGCUGUCAAGAAACUUGACUAUCUCACGAACAGUUGUAAAGUUCCAAGUAGAUCCGGCAAGAAUAUUGCAUCAAAUAUUUUUCUUUAG